GUGACUAUAAAAUUGUUGCGAAAUUUGAGUUCUCUAUUCAUUCCGAACUUGGUAGUCACGAGGAAAAAACAUGAAAUCCUUGUUAAUAACUUUUUCUGUAAUCGCCGUUGUUAGCAGCAACUUAGUCAGCAUCAACUUACUCAGGAAGGCGAAAUCUAAACCCGUGUCAGAUACAGGCCGAACGGAAGAUCUGUCAAAUGGCGCAGAUGUUGUAUAUUACGGUGAAAUUUCCAUAGGAACGCCGCCACAAAAUUUCGUCGUUAUCUUUGACACCGGAUCCUCGAAUCUUUGGGUUCCGUCAGCAAAAUGCAGUGCCUGCAAUGUCGCUAACCAAUAUGACAGCAGCGCAUCGUCAACCUACAAACCGAACGGUGAAUCCUUUUCAAUUCUCUACGGAAGUGGAUCUACGAAUGGGUUCCUUUCUACUGACACCGUUGAAAUUUCUGGCAUGAAGAUCAGCAACCAAACAUUCGCUGAAGCUACCACACUCUCGUCAAAUUUCCAGGGUCAAGUAUUUGAUGGCCUAUUAGGUUUGGGCUACGGUGAUAUUUCAAGUGAUGACAACGUUCCUAAUGUCCUAUAUAACUUGUAUAAACAAGGACUCAUCCCUGCCCCCAUUUUCUCUUUCUACUUGAACCGAAAUGAAGAUGAUAAAACCCUUGGCGGGGAAAUUAUUUUUGGUGGAUCACAUCAAAAGUAUUAUACUGGCUCCUUUACUUAUGUCCCCGUAAUAAAGCCUGAACAAGGAUACUGGCAGUUCAAAAUGACCGGAGUUCAAGUAGAUGGUUACGAGUUUUGUUCCAGGGGAUGUGAUACAAUUGCUGAUUCUGGUACCAGUUACAUCGUUGGCCCUGCUGACCAAAUUGAAAGCAUUUACGAGAUCAUCGGCUACACCGGCUACAUUGACUGCUCCGAAAUCGAUAGCUUGAAACCAAUUAGUUUCAAAAUCGGCAGGAGACUAUUUACCCUUGAAGCGAAGGAUUAUGUUCUAAAUGAUGGAAACAAUAACUGCGCACUUGGACUUGACGUCUUCUCAUCGUGGGAAGGCGGCCCUGAAUGGAUUUUGGGGGAUGUUUUUAUCGGUAAAUACUACACUGAGUUCGAUAUGAAGAACAAGCGUGUCGGCUUUGCAACUGCGAAAAAGGUAAGCACCGAGCAGAAGGAGUCAUGUUAGGAAAGUGUUUGGUGACAGAAUAAACACCUUUAACUGAACAGAAUAAAUACU